AUGAACAGACCGCUAUGGCACGAUGAGACACCAACACCGACCACUACAACUACAGCAGUGACGACAAAGACAAAGAUAAGGAGCAGCAGCAGCACCAAGACCGCCGAAGCUGUUUCCUCCUUUGCUUCUCCUGCCAUGUACGACCCUCUUCAGACUGAACCAGCUCCUCCUCGUCCUCAACGCAACCAGAAUCAGGGCCAGUAUCAGCACAGCAAUAGAAAUGGCGACGGCGACAACAACUGUAACAAUACCAACGGCGAUAUUAAUAGCCUUAUCGACUCCAAUUGCACAGCAACCGCAACAGCGCCGACACACAGUGUGCUCACCAUCGAUCCUCUCACAUCGAAAAAGAAGACGGCGCUCCUGCCAUGGUUGCAUGAACAGACCAUGGUGAGCCAUCCCCCAGGAAUCGCAGGAGGAGGAGAUCAUAAGAGCGUCGAAUACGGUCAUACGCUGACGACAACGACUACGACGACGCAGACCCUGAACCAAGAUGCAGGGGUAAUAGUCGAUGGUCUCCCUCCUCCCGAGUUUCGUUCAUGCUUAGCAUCGAUCAGCGGGGAGAACACAAGUCUUACCAACGGCAGUGUCCCUGAUCAGCAACAGCAGCAGCAACAGCAGCAGGAGCGACUGACAACCCUUUCGAAAGAAACCAGUCCUCUCCCCCCUUCUACUUUUACAUCUACAGCAGACCAACGUGUCAGCAGCACUGUUCUGGGCAUUGGGCAUGGCACAUCAAUGGAUCAGGGGGAGUCUAGCGUAUCGAACACCUCCACUUCAACGGACGAUGCAGGAGCGGCUACGCCGAAUCUGACGCCCAAGAGCACCAACAGUGCGGACACAGCAGCGGCGGAUAAUGAAACUCUUUCAGUCACAUCGACAGUCCAGGCAGGCAUCGUCAAUCCGCUGAUCCCUUUGGGUGUAGAAGGAAACGAUGCGCCACAGCGACCACCACAACGAAUCCACCAUGCGCGCGCACGUACGAUCUCAGCUCUGUCCACCCCGCAAUUGACAUCGUCAUCCUCGCGGCAGGGAGCUUUGGAGCACUUAACGGAUAUGGGACCAUUGGAGCAGGAAAACAAGGAAACGCGGGAGAACGCUUUGGGGGCUCAAUUGAUACAGGAACCAUUGGUGUUGCCAUCGCCAUUGUCGACGACAACAGCAGUUGAAGCUACGCACAGACCUUCUUUUUCUACACCGGCUUCGAAAACCUCACAAUCAACCUCCGAGUCGGCUACCAUCAAGAAAUCGACAGAUCAAGAGGGAGAGGCGGAAAGCAUGGCGUGGAGUGGUGGGCAUCCGCUGCUGAUGGACUAUACAGAAGAACCAGAGCGCUUGGACGAGGGCACUUAUCAUGAUCAGGAGGCUCCAGCAGCAGUACGAUCGGCGCAUCAGCCCUACGUUAGGGGAUUGCACAGGAAGGGCCACACCAUGAGUGUUGAUUCCCAACAACGAUCAGCAUCGUAUCAUCAAGAGGGCGACGAUGGGAGCAGGUUUGAGGCAGGGUUGGGAUCAAAUGCGCGAAGAAGGAAGAACGUGUCAAAGGAAAAAGAGGAUCGGAGCUGGAAGAUGGUACCGGAGGAGGAUAAGACGGCGACGGCGGGAGGAACGGGAGGAAAGCGGGUUAUCAUCCAUACGGUCGCGGUUACGGACACGUUGGCGGGCAUUGCACUUUAUUAUGGUAUCCAGGUACCGGUGCUGAAAAAGUCUAACAAGCUGUGGACGAACGACUCGAUCCACACGCGCAAAUACCUAUACAUCCCGUUCGAAGAGUGUACGGUUGCAAGACAGGCGGGUGUUAUGGUAGACGAAAGUAAUCAGACGGUCAUUCUUCCGCAACGGAUCCAACAUCAUCACCAUCAUCACCCAAGUCGACCGGCAUCGACCUACGGAACAUUGUCGUUUACCAACGCUCGUCUAUCGACGUACGAGAAUAUGGGACCGAGCUCGCAAUUAUCGGGAAACAUAAUAGAUGGCGGUAAGGUGAGCGCAAUGAGAGAGGUCGGCGAGGUCGCUACGGAUACAGGAUCUGUAUUGGGGCUAGUGACCCCGCCACGAAUCUCGGCGGUCGCAGCAGGCAUGUUGCCGUCCUCACUGGCACUCUCUUCUGCUCUUUCACCCUCGACCUCCUCAUCCUCAUCGUCGUCGGUGUCCCCACGAGUUGGCACUUGGGUCGACACGAAAUCCGUGGCCGCACCUCCAGUCCCGUCUCCGACCACGACGACAACUUCACUCAAAUCAGAUAAUAGUCUCAAAGCGGCGACGCAUUCUCACCAGCAGCAACAACAUCCUCGACGGGCGAUGACAGAUAGUACGCGUUCUGCGGCACAUGGGGCGGGGGCGGAAACGCUUCCGAAUACGAUUGUGGUACCGCCUUCGAUGACACAUGAGGCCUUGGCAGCGCGGUUCAAGGAGAUGGAUUUGGUGACAAGUGAACAGCGGCAACAACAGCAACAGCAGCAAGAAUUGAGAACGAAUCCUGUGCAUCAGCGACAUCGGACUGUGGAUUUGAGGCAGUUUGUGGGUCUGCAGCAGCAGCGAUUGGUGGCAGAUUCGGCAAUAAUGACAACGACGGCGGCGAUGGGAAGGCGAUCGAGGAGUUCUUCGAAUGCGGGGUCGUCACGCAGGUCGUCCGUAGAUGUGGGCGUCACUUUGGUUAAUGGUGUCGGUACUAUUGAGGGUAACAGGAAAGGAGCAGGGCCGAUCGACGAGAAAGUCGAGGAAGAGAAUGAGGAUGCAGACGAGGGCGCACAAGACGAUCAACAACGACAGCAACAGACCACAGCAGCUAAGGAUCCGAAAGAGUUUGUGGCAUUUGGACAUCAGCAGCAUAUCUACGACACAGACGACCUCCUCCACCAGCACGGAAGUCGUACCGCCAGUAGCAGCAGCACCGGGGUGGACGAAUCUGAAGGGUAUGAUGGUGCGGACUCCUUGAUAGCGACGGUAUCUCGGCGACAGGAGCUGGUAACCGUACCGGCGGGAAUGUUGUCAUUCUUCCCGUCACCAGAGCACUCGAAGAAACUGGAGACACCCCAAUCGAUCUCGAGGAUCCAGAAUCAGAUUGAUAAUGCCAGUUUUUGUGGGUCGCUGUCCGGAUCUUCGACGGUUUCGUCGGGCAGUUUUAGGGAGAGGGCAUCUUCCGUCUCGUCAGCGCCGUCGUCGCAGCAUGGGAGGAAAGUAGCCGGGACUGCGGUGAGGGCGAAAGGGAGGGUCCCCUUGAGUGAACAGACAUUUGUGCCACCUACUUCUCCAUCAUCCUCAAGGAACGACAACGGCAGCAAGCUGUUGGCGGUAUCAGUAAGGACCGCAACACAACUGCCCUCACCACAACAGCAACAACAACAACAACGCCGCGCCAUAUCUUCUUCAACCACAACAGCACCCUUAUCGCCGACGAUAUCCAAGAGCGCAUACUCAAAGACGGUCCGCAUCAAGGACUCUUAUUACAGCCCUGAGAAAUGGUCCCUCAUGGGCGAAUCCCUCGUCGACGACAUCCUCGGCGCCGUUCGAGGACCCCUGCAAAUCGCCCGACGCAUGUAUAACUUCUCGACCCUCGGAUUUGGGUCCUCCUCCUCCACCACCUCUGCGGACUCCAGCAACAGCAACACGGGUAAGGCUUCUGACUAUUUUGACCCACCAGGCGUAGUGCGUCGGAGGAGCUCGACCCGCCGAACUUCAAGAGGAAGUCUACGUAAUAAGGAGUUCCGGAGCUCUUCCGGAUCUGUGAUUGAGCUAGCCACUACCACUGCCACUACGUCCACCACAACUGCUGUCGCCAUGAGCAAGGGAGAAGCAGCAACAUACGGAUACGCGUCCAUCACGAAACGAACCCCUGCGGCAGACGAGAACUCCGAGGGCAUCAGUAGCGGAUUGACUCGCAGGACGAGUAACACCAGCAGCAGUGGGGGUGGGGCACACUUCCGUGGUGGCAGCAGUAGCAGUACCCACAGUACCCGCAAACGCUCAUUACGGUCUUCCAACCCUGUCAACCAUGCGGCGCUCAUGGCCCUCGUCAACGAACUCGACAAGGAUAAUAAGCGCGAAAAGGAACGCGGGCGCGGGCGCUAUCUAAAGGAAGAGCAGGAGAAGACUGAUGCCAUCAUAACCCAGAGAGCCCAUGUUAUCGACAAUCCCCUUGCUUCCUCACCGCCCGUUUCUCUGUGA